CAUUUCAGUAGUUUCCGUUAAUGCGUUCGCCACGUCGAGUUAGCUCCUUAUUUUUUUCUCCUUUCGCGUUGACGCGUAAUUACGAUUAAAAUAUGAGAGCCUAAACGAACCGAAGGAAACAAUUGAGCUAAAAACAGCGGAAAAGCGCCGGAAAAUAAGCAAACAAAAAUUCGAACGUUUUUGUUCGUGUGCUGUGAAUUGUUUUAUUUUAUUUUUUGUGGUGUUUGAGUGACUGCGGCAAGAUGCCUCUGUAUUCGGAUUCGACCAACUAUUACUAUAGUGGCGGCAGCAGCCAACUGUAUUCGCCGUACUAUAGUUCCGGUUUGGGCCUCAAUUUGGGUCUGGGCUCAACGCCCGGAUCGAGCUAUACGUCCAGCUAUAACCGCUCGUAUCCGGCUAGUUAUAUGGUGCCCCUGAGUCCCUCCUCUCCAAGAUCGCCGAGUAGCUAUACCAGCGGCACUUCCGGCGGAAGUAGCUCCCUCCAUGGCUUGGGCUCCAGAUAUCAACCGAAGUUGACCACAAUCACGGAGACGGGCAGGCACAGUGGUCACUCGAGUUUGAUGCCCCUCACCAGAAUCAAUUCACCAAAGUACAGUACAUCGGUGACCACUCCAAGUUAUACUUCAUCUGGUGCCAGUAGUCGAUAUAUACCAGCCAGACCUAUAGCUAUUAAUACAGCUGAUAUCGAUGUGAGUUCCUCGAGAUAUCGCAGGGGUGUGACCACCAGAACGGAAGAAAAAGAAAAGGAGAAGGAGCCACCGAAGGAGGAAGUUAAGCAAAAGGAGGAGGAGGUUAAACCCUCGCCCAAGGAAGCACCUCCCGAAAACCCAGAUCCCAAUGCCCAAACAAGACCCAAUCGCAGGUCCACCAUCAAAAGAAAUCGCCCUGUCGUAAGACUCUCCACCAUACGAAGACGCAGCAAGGAACGCAGUGCCGAGAGUCCCAAGAAGGAGGCCCAAGUCCAGGAACAUCAAUUCAGGGACUUACCCCCUGCCACAGAACCCAGUUUGAGUUGGCGCCAAAAGUUGGCAGAAGAAUUGGCCGCCUUUCCCACAACCAGCAAUAAGAAAUCACCCGGAGAAUUGCUUCGUGAGAGAUUCUACAUACGUGAUGAGAAGGAGGAACUACCCAGUUUCAAUCAGGCCAGAGUUCAGGAACUUAGUCAGCCACAAACUGCUCAGAAAACCCAAAACCAGGAGGCUGAAAUAAGACCAAAAGACGAAAAGGAACUUGAUAAGGAGGGUUCAGAUCUAGAGGAAAUGCAGGAGACCAUCAGACGUUUGAGCCUGGUGCAAUGCCCCACAUUUCAUGACAUUUGCGAGGAUAUUUCAUCGGAUAAGAUCGAUGAUGAUCUGAAUGCAGGGGAACUUAGACGUAGGGCCUCCAUUAUUCAGGAACAAGAACAGGAGAUACUGAACAAGUUGCAGAAAUCGAAUUCCGGAACCUUCCAGUUGAUCCAUCUGGAGCGUAGAUCCAGUCACGAUAGCACCACCACAAACGAUGAGGAUCACAAGGAGAGAUCAAAAAGGCGUUCCAAGAAAAGCAAGAAAAUGCGCCACAAGAUCACCGCCAUUGUGGAGGUGGAAAAUGCCCCUCAGAUUCCAGUGGAUCACAUGCCAAGUGUCCUGGAGUUGAACGAGGAGUCCCUAUUGGUGCAGCCAUUGGUGUCCAUUUCCGGUUCCGGUUCCAGUUCCACCCCAAGCCCCAGUCCCAAGCCAAAGUUCACCGUGAAUGUGGAGACCGUGGAGGAGCAUCAUCAGAUACAUAAGGUCUUCAAAUUGCCCAAGAAAAAGACAGGGCCCAAGGAUCAAAAGGAAGAGGAAUCCUCGUCGUCUUCUCUGCCCGAAGGAUUCAUGAAGGCUGCCCCGAAAACGGCCAAGACAUCGCCUCUGAAGAAGGCCCCAAAACAGCAACAUGUCAGUGAAGCACAGAUUUUCACCUUUGAUGAGGCAGCCAUACAGCAAAAUGAUCUGGCCAACAAACAGGAAUUACAACAACCCAAAACUGAGGCCAAAGUUGAGGGCGUGGCCACGCCCAAACCCAUUCGAAAGGCCAUCCAAAAAUCUGAGAGCGGUGAGGACUUUUGGUCGCAAAUUGGUUCCAGGGAAACACUGUACAUGACCAAUCGCAAAAAGGUCUUCAACGAGCGACAGGAGCAGCUCUUGGAAGAGGAAGUCCCGAAAUCCCCAACAACGCCCAAGGAAACAAAGACAGAUAUAAAGACACCAACGACACCCAAACUCAAGUCGGAACUUCUCAUCGAGCUAAAGACAACACCUUCGACAGUGACAACAGGGGGUAAGGCACCCAUACAAAAGGUAUCUUCAGUACCACUAACUCCAACGAAAGUGAAUACUAACCAAGUGGAAGUACAGAAAGCAGAAUCAAGCAUACCAAAAACCAAGGCUAUUACACUAUCGACAUCUGAAAUAGACUCUUUAACAACUAUCUCAGCCAAGACAACCACCGAUGAUACUAAAUCAAAGUCAACAACAACUGCUGCGCCUAAAAAAGACCUACCAAAACUAAUAACAACAGAGGAGGCUAAGUCAACAAUAGCAACCAAGCCAACAGCUGCGACACCAACAAAAGAUUCACCAAAAACACCACAAACUAAGGUGAAAAUAUCGCCAAAACCAACAACACCACAAGCAAAGCCAGAUACACCAACAAAGGAUUCGGCUUUAACACCGCCAAUCAAAGUGGAUAAACCAACAAAAACUUCACCAACUAAAGCAGCAACAGCAAUAAAGGACUUAACAACAACGACAACAAAACAAUCACCAACAACACCAAUCAAGGAUUCAACAACAACACCAAUCAAGGAUUUACCAGCAACACCAAUCAAGGAUUCACCAACAACACCACAAAUAAAAGUCGAAACACCAACAAAGGAUUCUCCUACAAGAAAGGUUAUUACACCAACAGCACCACAAGCUAAGACAGCUGCAUCAGCAGUACCACCAAAGGUUGAUACACCAGCAACACCCCAAGCCAAAGCAGCAACACCACAAACAAAGGUUGACACACCAACAACACCCCAAGUCAAUGCAGCAACGCCACAAACAAAGGUUGACACACCAGCAACACCACAUAAAACAACACAACCUAAACCAGCAACAGAUGAAAUCAAGUCAAAGACAACAACAGCUAAGAUUGCCAUGACAGCAGCAACAACAAGUGUUGCUGUUGCAGGAAAAACAAUAUCACCCAAGGGGGCCAAGCAAUCUGGCAACGCCGUAGCCAUGACAACAGCAACACCAACAGCAACAGCAGCAACAGGCAAAUCAAAAUUGAACGAAACAGCAGGGCCAAAAAUAAAUAGCGGGCAGCCGGCCAAGUCACCUGAACAACAACAGGCAACGGCAGCCGCGGUUGAAACGAAAAUAAAUAAAACAACGCACAAGGAACAACAGCAGCAGCAACAGCAACAGCAGCAAUUGCCCGACACGGCAGCAACAUUGGUGCCACAAACGGAAACCAAAACGAAAUUGACGGAAGCCGCUGAGCCAACGGGCAAGUCAAAGGUGCAAUCACCGAAAACGACAAAGCCAAAAAGUGCCGGCAAAACAAAUGUUGGCAAAAAGAAAGCUGCAACAGCAACGCCAGCAGCAACGGCAACAGCAACGCCAGCAGCAGCAGCAACAGAAACUGUAACAGCUUUGUCUGAGAGCAAUGUGACCCCAAUCAAUGCCGAUCAAUUUAUAACGCUGGCCCCCACAAAGGCGGCCAAAACAUCGCCGAACAAGCAACAAGCAUUGCAAGUGCAACAGCAACAUGAGCAGCAUCAGCAGCAACAGGCCACAAAUGCGUCAUCGCCGGCGGCAACAGGCGAUGCAACCACAACGCCCACAACGAUAACAAUUGGUGUUGCUGCUGUUAAUGUUGCUACUUCUGAUGUUGCUGCUGCUACUGAUGCUGCUGCUGCUGCUGUUACCUCGCUCAACAGCAGCAACAACAGCUGCGGCGAAGGCGUCGGCAAUAAUUUAUCAAAGUUUGCAACAGUAUCGAAUUUGGCACAGUGUCUGCGAGACGUUGAUGCCGAGCUAGAGGACUAUAUACCCUCGUCGGCGGAAAAUAGCGACGAGAGCAACAGCGACGACGACGACGACAGCAACAUCAGUUCCUCCGAUUAUUCCAGUGUUGACGGUUGUUUGAAUCUAAGCGCCAGCAUGAAGAAGAAGCAGCGCAAGGAGAAGAAGAAGCAAAAGGCGAAAGCCGCCGCCGCCGCCGAUGCAAAACGCUUCGAUCCGCACAAGAAGAUCAAAAUCGAUACGACCAAUAAGUGUUAUGUGAAGGAGGAGGCGCCACGGUAUCCACUGGUGGCCACACCGCGUCCCCUGUGGAAGCGGGAGAAGAUCGUCUAUUCGGAUGAGAACACAGACGAUGAAAGCGGCAGCGAGGAGGGCAGCGGUGGCUCCUUGGACGAGGAUAGCGACGAUGAGAGCGGCGGCGAGGAGUGCAGCUCCUCCAGCAGCAGCGGCAGCUCUGAGGAUCUCGAGGUGGCCACCAAGGGGGGCAGUUCGGCGGCCACAACGGUUGUGGACUCACCCAGUUCCGCCGGCUCGACUGCCGGAACUCUAAGCGUCACCGGCGGGGGAGGUGGUGGUGGUGGGGGUGGCGCCUCCACCUCCAGCUCGCCCUCCAUCAUCCGGAUGAGCACCUGCAGCAACGAUUCCGGAUUCGAAGGCGGCACCGCGCCCUCCAGUCCCAAGAAGAUGUUAGAAUGUGACGUGAAUUGUCACAAGAAAUGCGAGCGGCUCACGGCCAAUUUAUGCGGUGUCAAUCAGAAACUCAUCGUCGAGGCACUCAACCACGUGAAGCGAGGAGCCCGAGAAGCCCGUGACUCACCCAGUACACCGCCCAGUUUGAAUCCAGCCUAUAAAAUCGAGGCCAGCGAAGAACACGAUGAAACAUCAUAUACAUAUUCACAAUUCCAAAAAUCCGGACGUUUCACUGCGCCAGCAACAGUAAUACCUAGAUUUAAGAAUUAUUCGGUAGAUGAUUUCCACUUUCUGGCCGUUCUUGGCAAGGGAAGUUUUGGCAAGGUUCUGCUGGCUGAGCUGCGGGAUACCACGUACUACUAUGCCAUUAAGUGCCUGAAAAAGGAUGUCGUUCUGGAGGACGAUGAUGUGGACUCCACGCUUAUUGAACGCAAGGUCCUGGCCCUGGGCACCAAACAUCCCUAUCUGUGUCAUCUAUUCUGCACCUUUCAGACGGAGAGCCACUUGUUCUUCGUGAUGGAGUAUCUGAAUGGCGGUGAUCUCAUGUUCCAUAUCCAGGAGAGCGGACGCUUUUCCGAGGAGCGGGCCAGAUUCUAUGGCGCCGAAAUAAUCUCGGGCCUCAAGUUCCUGCACAAAAAGGGCAUUAUCUAUAGGGAUCUCAAACUGGAUAAUGUCCUACUGGAUUACGAGGGACAUGUUCGAAUUGCCGACUUUGGCAUGUGCAAAUUGCAAAUCUAUUUGGACAAGACGGCCGAUAGCUUUUGCGGCACACCCGAUUAUAUGGCGCCCGAAAUCAUUAAGGGUGAAAAGUACAAUCAGAAUGUGGAUUGGUGGUCGUUUGGUGUGCUGCUCUAUGAAAUGCUGAUCGGACAGUCACCAUUCAGUGGCUGCGAUGAGGACGAGCUCUUCUGGUCCAUUUGCAAUGAAAUUCCAUGGUUCCCAGUCUAUAUAUCCGCCGAGGCCACCGGAAUACUCAAGGGGUUGCUGGAGAAGGACUAUACGAAGCGUAUUGGUUCGCAAUACAGUCCAGCUGGUGAUAUAGCUGAUCAUAUAUUCUUCCGCCCCAUCGACUGGGGAUUACUGGAAAAGCGGCAAAUAGAACCGCCCUUUAAGCCCCAAGUGAAACACCCCCUGGAUACGCAAUAUUUCGAUCGCGUUUUUACCAGGGAAAGGGUGCGACUCACCCCCAUCGAUAAGGAGAUACUGGCCUCCAUGGAUCAAAAGCAGUUCCACGGCUUCACCUACACAAAUCCUCACAUCACCCUGGACUAAAGCCUAAUUAAUAUCCUAAUUAAUUAUUUAGAGCAACAGUAUUUGUAUAUGUAAAUAUUUAUUAUGGAACAAAAAAAAAAAGAACAAAAGGAUUAACGACCAAAGAAUUUGAAAAAGAAAUCGAAAUUUUAAUAGCCUUUAGUUAAGUCUUGGAACCCAUUUAAAUUUUGAGCGUAAUUCUAGUCAGUUAGCUAUACUUUAAUGUCUAAGUCUAAUUGUACAGAUAUCCCUCCUCAUAUUUACCUAUAUAUAACCUACGCAUAUAAAUCUUUUUUUUUUGCAAAUUAUUUGUUCUUAAAUUUAGUGUUUAAGCAAAGGUCUACGUCUAUGAGAAAUAAAAAAGUAAAAAAUUUA